AUGGCUUCUUCGUCUCAACGUUCAGUGAAGAAGUAUUUUACCAAAGUACCGAAAUCAAGUGUAGCUUCUUCUAGUCAACCUAACCAGGAAGCAAAUGCCAACCAUUCAGAAGUACCAUUACCUUCUUCUCAAGAAUUUGAUUUGAGUACUUUAAAUUAUGAUCCGGGUGAAAGAACCCCAAUCUUGGACUAUCAUCCAAACCAUCGUGAUGUUAUUAGAAGAGCAUACCUUAUUAAUGGUCCUUGUCAACCUCGGUUGCUUCAGCAUGAGUAUCCUGAAACGAAUAUUUCUGGAUCAAUGCGCCUUUUUAAUUCUGAAUGGUUUGAUGAUGUAUAUCAUGAUUGGUUGGAGUAUAGUGUUAGUAAAGAUGCAGUCUAUUGUUUGUAUUGUUAUCUAUUUAAAGGCUACAACACCAAUCAAGGUGGGGGUGAAAUAUUUUCAACUGUUGGGUUUAAGAGUUGGCAGAAAAAGAAGAAUCUUGGAAAACAUAUUGGUCUACCGAAUAGCCCACAUAACCAGUCAAAAACGAAAUGUCAAGAUUUAUUGCGGGUACAACAGUCUAUUCAUUUGCACUUGAGAUGCAAUUUAGUCAAUUUAAGCAUGCGUAUUUGGUCCGCUUAA